AUGGUGGAUGGUGUUCGUGCAAGAUUAGUUGACAAAGACUUUGCUCCGAAGUGGGAUCCACCGAGCUUAAGUGAAGUAACCAAGGACAUGGUUGACUGUUAUUUUGCUCCACUUUCUGAACUUGAGCCUGAGCUAAACCUGCCCACGGCAUUGCGAGAACCUUCCAUGUGA